AUGGACGACGCAGUGACGCACGACCCCCGACACCGCCCCUCCAGAAGAGCUUCGGAAAGUCGCCACACGCCACGCUUUCGGCCAAACAGCAGGUGUACACGCACCGCAGCUGAUAACGCCAAUAUAACAGAAACAGGAGAUUUGAAACAUAAGAGAAACAGGAGUAAACAUAAUAUCGAGUUAGAAGGGAGAAACUUAACAUUAUCUGGAUAUUUACACACUCAGCAUAGAAAAUGUAUCCGAGAGAAACAGGGGGAAAAGGGACAUUGGGAAAAUUAUUCCUUAGUUGAAUCAGAAACUAAAGAAAAUACACACCAGGAUGAAACAGCCAUGUUACUGAAAUACGCUGCAGUUCCUUCUGUGUUUGAUUUUCCUGUUCACCUUGGGAAAGAAACAUCUCUGAGGCGACAUUUAAUAUCGGGACGUACUUCUACCACUAGCGGCCAUCGCUGUUACCCACCACACACUGAUCAAAAGGCAUUGAUAGGAGGCUCCAGUAGACAAGGCAGCGGUCCAAGCAGAUGUCGACGCCACCAACGGCCACCAUCACCUCCAUUUGCGAAGUCAAGCAAACACUCACCCUCACAUCGGUCUACUGAGACAAUCCAGCCACCCCAUCACCUCCAUUUACUGAGGCAAGCAAACACCCAUCCUCACAUCGGUCUGCUGAGACAAGCAAGCCACCCCAUCACCUCCAUUUGCUACGUCAAGCAAACACCCAUCCUCACAUCGAAAGUAGUGAUAGAUGACAAUAUAGCAGAUUUGUGGCAAAAUGACACUGAAUAUCAUGGAGGUGUCCAGAUCCUGAUUAAACCCAGAGCGCCCACUCUGGGGCCCCUGCAAAAUUCUUUCAAAUGCAAAGGAAAUCAUGAAAAGAACCAAGACAGAAAAAGAUACACAAAGGAAGGAGAAACAGUGGAAAAGAACUUGAAAAAGAUCCCUAAAGAAUGUACAGAUUCAUCCUGGCUUUUAAGAAGUGGUAAUAGACUAAGAGCACACAGCAUAGUCGGUUCUGCUGGCUGUGGUCUUGAUGAAGUUGCCGGAGUUGAGGAUGAAGAGGAGGAGGAGGAGGAGGAGGAGGAGAAGGAGGAAGAGGAGCAAGAGGAGGAGGAAGGAGGAGGAGGGAGGAGGGAGGAGGAGGAGGAGGCGGGAGGAGGAGGGCGUCGAGGACGAGGCCGUGCAGAGGUAAAUGCCGUGGGAGGUCGAAGUCGUAAUUGGAUUGGAGCGGACGCUGGAGGGAGAUGCGAGGUGGAGCACUGGGAGCUGGGGGAUGGUGGCGGGCGGGAGGGGUGGGAACUGGGGGGUGGUGCUGGACUUGGAUGGCAGCACUGA